GCGUCUCCCUCACCUUCGCAUGCCGACGACUCGGAAGAAGAGAUUGCAUCUAUCUGGAUGACGCUGAAGUCGAGGCAUCCGACGGACAGGCAAGCAGCGAGGUGGGCCCGACAAGGCGUCAAUUGAGGCCUCGCAAUAAGUCUGGCAGCACUGCGCCGUUGGGAGAUUCUCGCGACGCAUCCCGUUCCCGCCGUUCUACUAGAUCCAGCAGUUCUUCUGAUGGGCCAGCGGAACUAAGCGACCACUUCGACCCCUCGUUCGUUGAGCCGCGCAUAGCCAGCCCGAGCGAUGAGCCUGAAGUAGAGCUGAACGCACUCGAAGAAGCGGCCAGGAAAGCCGGUUUCCUGUCGCUCAGCUGGAAGAAGGAUCAUCGUCGAAUGAUGAAGGAGUUCGCAAACUACUACGUCUUGGCGAAGGAUCUCCCACACGAACUUCAAGAUCGGAUCAAUGCUCUCGGUCCACGAGCACGUAGGGAGGGUGACAUGCAAAUCAAGAUCCUCGAACAGGCCAUAAUCGAGAAUACAUUCGAGGACGAGCCUCACGCUCCGCCCAUCCGUAUCAUCAACCAGAUCGACGACGAGGAGCUCACGCCACCCUUCGAAUUUCACUAUUCAAACCUUAUGUGGCACGGCGAGGGUGUACCAAAGCCCGACGCGGCGAAAUUGCAAGGCUGCGGAUGUCUAGGCCCCUGCGAUCCCAACUCGAAGACGUGUGAGUGUCUCGCGCGCCAGAAGGCGUAUCACGAGGCCGGUUUCUUGUAUCAUGGAGGAAGGAACAAGGGACAGUUGAUUCAACACAACUACCCUAUCUUCGAAUGCAAUGACUUCUGUGGUUGUUCCGAUGAUUGUGUCAAUCGUGUGGUGCAACAUGGACGAAGAUACCCCAUCGAGAUUCGCAAGACUCGGGACAAGGGAUGGGGUGUAUUUGCAGGUCCAAAGAGGAUCCCCAAGAAUACAUACUUGGGGAUCUAUGCAGGUGAAUACUUGCUGGAGGCAGAAGCUGAAGCCAGGGGCCAUGUCUAUAACAAGUUUGGACGCACAUACCUCUUUGAUGUUGACUUCUGGCACCUCAGGCAAGGCAAGGAUGAAUGGAACUCCCAAUUCAGUGUUGAUGCAUACCAUGCUGGAAAUUUCACACGAUACCUUAACCACAGCUGUGACCCCAACUGUUGCAUCAAUCCUUGCUACAUCAAUGAGGCCAACCUUGACAAGCCCCUCCUACUAUAUUCACCCAGCGGGAUGUUGCUCCAGGAGAUGAGUUAUGCUUCUCCUACUAUGGGAAUGAUGAUGAGGAUGAUGAGGAUGAGGAUGACAAGGCUCAGAAUGCAGUGGAAGUAAGAAACUUUGAUGAUGCAGUCUAUGUGAAAUGUCGGUGUGGUGCAAAGAACUGCAAAGGACGCAUGUGGAAGGAAUAAUUAUAUGCCAAGCUUGUUCUCUUGGUUCUUUUGUUAUGGGUUCGGAUCAGUUAUUGAGCAUAAGUAGAUUGCACAGGAUACAUGAGUAUGUUACAUCCAAUAUCAGUGUGUCAGCAUUAUAGGAGAAUCCAGAAUGUCAAUGACACCCUCAGGAGAUUGGGUGUCAGCAGUAUGUAGGUUGAUCCAAUCCAGUCUCUGCAGCCUGCUGCUAGGCAGCAUUUUGCCUUCCUUCCCAAGGCACCCCAUUAUUUUCCUCUAAUUCCCAUCUACACAGAGCAUCUUCAUCCCAUGUUUUUCCAGACAGAUCACCUGCAGGCUUCAGAAAUACCUGAUCUUUGAAUUGAGGUGGCAGAUAAUCAUUUGUAACAGGAUGUCUGAUA